GCGCAUCAAAGUUCGGCGCUUUAAUCACAUCGUAAACCCGUGCAUCUAGACUUUAAAAAUAUUUCUGGUAUGCUUUUACGAUCUGUUCACGAUGUCCGCAUAUGCGACGAUACUGCCAUAUCUCAUCUUAGGAUUGUUAGGAUUUUCAUUAGGACACGAUGUCAAAGGUUCUUCAGUUUGUGAAUUUUAUAAUGAAACAAUGUGUACAGAAUCCCAGCAAGAAUGUUCAGGAAGAGAAGAAUGUGGACCACAUGAUCCAGGCAAAAGAAAUCAUUGUUAUGUACUGUGGCAAAUUGAUAAUGUGACUAAAAAGUCUAUAAUUAAAUUAAAGGGAUGUUUUUUAGAUAGUAAUGAUUGCUAUGACAGACCACAUUGUAUUGAAAACAGUGCAGAAAGAAAAAAAGAAUUAUUUUUUUGUUGUUGCGAUGGUAAUAUGUGCAAUCAGAAUUUCACAUGGGAUCCUCAUCCAACUUCUUCUUCUAAACCUAUUCAGCCUUCUGAUGUUCAUGAUUUAGAACCUGUUCCAAAUACAGAACAACAAAUAAUAACACUUGUUUUGUCAAUAUCAAUACCCAUGCUCUUGCUUGCUAUUAUUUUGCCAUUUUUAUAUUGGUGUUACCGACGUCGGAAGUCGGGAUAUUUCAACGAGGUUUGGAAGGCAUAUGUACCGACAUUAGAACCUCUUCCAUUACCUCAACCAUCUCCUAAUUUGGGAUUGCGUCCAAUACAACUUCUUGAAAUAAAAGCUCGAGGUCGUUUUGGAGCUGUUUGGAAAGCACAAUUAAAAAAUGAAAUUGUUGCUGUAAAAGUGUUUCCAAUACAGGAUAAACAAUCCUGGCAAACUGAACAAGAAAUUUUCAAACUUGCCCACAUGGAUCAUGAAGAUAUAUUACGUUUUAUAGGUGUUGAAAAGAGAGGAGAUAAUUUACAAGCAGAAUUUUGGUUAAUUACUUCAUAUCAUGAAAAAGGUUCAUUAUGUGACUAUUUGAAGGCAAAUGUUGUUACAUGGCCUGAGAUGUGUAGAAUAGCAGAAUCCAUGGCAAGAGGCUUGAUGCAUUUGCAUGAAGAAAUUCCAGCCAAUAAAGCAGAUGGGUACAAACCUGCUGUGGCUCAUAGAGAUUUCAAGUCAAAAAAUGUUUUACUUAAAGCUGAUAUGAGUGCUUGUAUAGCAGAUUUUGGUUUAGCAUUAAUAUUUCAUCCUGGCAAACCUUGUGGGGAUACCCAUGGACAGGUUGGAACAAGAAGAUACAUGGCCCCAGAAGUUUUAGAAGGAGCAAUUAAUUUCACAAGAGAUUCGUUUUUACGAAUUGAUAUGUAUGCCUGUGGAUUGGUACUUUGGGAGUUAGCUUCACGAUGCACUGUGCAAGAUGGACCAAUAGGUGAAUAUAGAUUACCAUUUGAAGAUGAAGUGGGUCUUCAUCCUACUUUAGAAGAUAUGCAAGAAAGUGUUGUUCAUAAAAAAGAGAGGCCAAUCAUUUUAGAAACAUGGCGUAAACAUCCUGGACUUCAAUCAAUUUGUGAUACAAUGGAAGAAUGUUGGGAUCAUGAUGCUGAAGCACGUCUUUCAGCUUCUUGUGUAAUGGAAAGAGUUGCUACAUUAAGUAGGACGCUUGUUUUAAAUUCGUCGACAUUAAUACGAGUUGAUAAUACCAACGAGACUAUUACUACUAAGGAAUCUAGUAUGUAGUUGAUUUAUGUGUAUUAUAGUUUUAGUUAAAUUGCACAACCAUUUUCUGUAUCAUAAUUUUUGCGCAUACAUUAAUGAGGAAUGUUUAAAUAUCAUAUGAUAUUUUAAUAAUUAUUUUUUAUUUUAUUAUUUUUCUCUUUGUUGUUUAUGAGGAUCUCUUAUUAUGUUUUAAAAUAAUUUAACGUAAUUAAUCAAAUUAUUUUCAUGAUUAGUUAAUAAAAUUUUGAAUAGAAAUAUUUUUAUUAAUUUAAAAAUAAUUUUUUUAAAUUAUUAUUAUUUAUUAAACAUAAUUAUAGUUUCAAUAUAAUAUUCUUUGGAUUAUUUAUAUACAGAAUGUUAAUAUAUUUAUAGGACAUCUUAAAAAAUUCUUGUUCUAGAACAAACAAAAGUAUUCUUAAAAUAAACAAAAAUUAGCAUAUAAAAAUAUUUGAAGCUUAUUUAAAAGUUAUAAAAAGUUUAAGUUCGUAUUAAAUGAGAUAAAGAUAGAACUAUCUUGUUAUCUAAAUAAUGAAAUAGUCGUCUCACUUCAUUUAACGAAUAUAAAUUGCUCAUAAUUUAAUAAAUAAGCUUUAAUUGACUAUAUCAACUUUUGUGUUUUUAGUCUUUAGAAUCAACUUUCCAAAGAUAUUCCACAAAUAUAUUAAUGCUAUGCAUAAAUCAUUCGUAUCAUUUAAAUUAUACAGUUAAUAUAAUUACUAUUAAAUAUCAUUAUUUUUUUAUUUUUUUAUUUUUAAAUUUAAAGCAUUAAUAAAUCAAUUAUUCAUUAAAUUAAUUUUUUAUUGCAUGUUUAAAAUUAAGCUUUAUGAUGAAAAACAGCUUAAUUAAACGUUCCUAGAUUUUUUAUUUUUAAAAAUAUUUACAUUUCAUUCAUAAAUCUCAGUUUAUUGAAAAAUACAAUGCAAUUAGAAAUAUUUCUUUAUAUAUGCAGUAUUAAUAAUGAACAUAAAUAUUGAGAUUCUUAUUUUUUAUUUUCUUGAAAUAAUUAUAAUUUGUCAAAUGAUAUUAUGAUGAUAUUACUAUUUUCUUUUUUUAAUUUAAAGCAAUCUCAUUCCUCAUUGAUGUCAGCAAUCGUGCAAUGAUUGAUCAGAAAUAACAAAAUGAAUUACUAGCCAAGUGGACAUUCAAUGGAUAAUUUUUAUCCAUAAGUCUUAUGUGAAUUGUUACAAAGAUAACUCAACAAUUUUAUACAAAGUACCUGGUAGAAACAGUCAAGUUAACUAAUUGGAAGCCAUGAGGAAUUUAUUAGGACUUUUUUACAUGAAAUGAGCUAUUUUGAUUUUUUGCAUUUUAAAGCAUAAAAUAUUUAAGAUGACUAAUUUAUUUCGCGAAAUAAGAUUUUUUCCAUGACUUUUUUUUUAUUUUACAACAAAAAUGUGAAAAAUAAAGAUUAAUUUAUUGAGAAUAUAUUGAUAUCUAUAUAUUUUAAUUGAUAAAUAUAGACUUUCUAAAUUUAAUAACUUUCAUAUUAAUUAAAUUAAAAAUGUAUAAAAUGUAUAUUAUUAAAAUGUACUUUGAAUAAUCAAAAUUGAUGUUAUAUAUUGUUCAUGGAUUAAAUUUUAUUAAGCCAAGUAAAAGUCUUCCUUAUAUAUUUUAUUUUUAACUUUCAUUAUAGCACAGAAUUUUAUCAAGAAAAGUGAUUUUUUAAUUAUUAUAUAUGACCUAACUUUGAACUAAGUCUUGCAUCCAGUGUGUAUGCAUAGAUAUGAGGUCUUAAAUAUAUAAUUAUUAUAUAUUAUUUAUAUAAUUGAAAAUAUUGAAUAAAACAACGCAUCUUGUAUAAAUCAAUUUUCUACAAUGUAAUUAUAUUUGUAUAAAUUUCUAGAAUUUGUAUUAUGUAAAAAAAUUUUCAUUAGAUUCAGUUUUUAAUAUUUUAGAUAAAAUUGUUUUUAUAUUAUAAAUUUUAUUUUAAUAUCUUAUAAUUUGAUAAAUUUUAAAAAAUUCAUAAUAUUUUAAUUAUUCAUUAAUACUUUUAAUGAUAAAUUGCAAUUGGAUUAUUUUUAAUAGAAUGGUUAUUCAAGGUGCACAUUUUAAAUAUUUUAUUUAAAUAAUAUGUCAAUUCUAACAAAUGAUUUCUUUUACUUGCUCUGAAUUAUUUUAAUUAGAUAAAAUAAAGAUAAUUGAAAUAAUGAGAAAGAUUUAUAAAUCAAAUCUAUAUUACUAUUUUUUUUAUUUUAUGAAUAGUUAAAUUCUUGAUUAAAAUUAAGUUAGUUUUAUAUGAAAAUCGCAUAUUGCAUUACACAAACUGUGAUAAUAAGUACCAGACUUAAGUAAACGAUAAUAAUAUUAUCGUAACGAUAAAUAAGGCCUAAUCAUAUUUCAGAAACAUUUAUCAUAAUUCAUAAUUAUAAUUUCUCAGAGCAGGUAAAAGAUAGAGAGGUUAUUUUAUUUCUUUAUAUUGGAUUUUAGCAGUGCCAAAACGGUAAUAUAUGCACUUUAUAGCUUUGUAUAUUAAUUUGUAGUUAAAUAAGAUACUGAAAUCGAUAAUAUCUAUAAAUUUUUAACAUACAAUGUUAUAAAAUGAAAAUUAACCUAUAAUUGAUAAUAUUUCCUUCAUUUUAUACAACAUAAAAAAAUUUAUAUAUAAUAUUCAUUUUUAUAAUAUAAUUAUACAAUAUAAUUAUAAUAAGUAAAUAAAUUAUAGAUUAUAAAGUUUAUUAGUUAUACUAUUUAUCUAAAAUCUAUAUUAAAAUCAAUUAUGGGUUAAUUAUAAUACUAGAAUUUAAUCAAUUUUUGGACUUUUACAUAUCGAGAAGCAGAUUCAACUGCAUUCGUAGAGAUUUCUUAUUUCAUAUAUGCUGUAUAUGUCGCAAAUUUUGUUUGUAAAAAUUGUCUAAAAAAUUGUCAUAAGAAUGUUUUAAUCUCAUCAUUGCUAAUUGUUAUGUAACUUCGUAAUUUAAUACGUUUUUGCAUAAAACGUUAGAAAGCAAUGCAUUUGGUAGAUAAAUCAGUCAUUAACAUAAGACUGAAAUACAAAUAAAAAAUUAUGUACAAUAAUAAAAAAAAAUGUUUGCAAUUUUAUGCUGUGUUGAGCACAUAGUGAUUUCAAGAAAGUGCAAUGGUGAGGUAAUAUUUUGAAACAUCGUGUACAUUAAUAAUUAAUAGAUAUAAAUCAUAGGUAUACAAUGUAUGGCGUUACAUUGCUUAUCUUUAUUAAAUCAUAUCCUAUGAAUAAAUACAGAAAUUAGAUUUUAAUAUUGACAGUACUGCAAUGGCAUUCCAGUCACAUAUAACAUAUAUUGUAUAUUAAUGUAAACCAAUAUUAUAAUUUCUAAUUUUCAAACUAUAAAAAUUCUUAUUAGUUUCGUCCAAUAUAAAUCGAAACAUUUCAUUGAUACGUGAUACUUAUCAUAAUUUGUCAUUUAAAUUGCAGUAUUUUAUUUAAUUAAUAUUUUUGAAUUUUACUAUCUAAUUUUAUAUAAUUAUUGAAAACUAUUAUGAAAUAUAAUUUAAAAAAUACUAUAAUAUUAGUGCAAAAAUUUAAUUUCAUAAUCUCAUAAAAUAUCUGUUAAAAAAUCAUAUUUGUAAAUAUAAUGUUUUUUGUUAUUAGUAUUAAAGUAUCAAAAUACUUCCAAUAUUGUAAUUUGUUUCAUAUUAUAUAUUAUAUAUUAUAUAAUAUAUAUAUAUCAUUUAAUUGUAUUGUUUGCUUUUGGUACUGUUAACAUAAAAUUUAAAACAAUUCAUUAUUCAGUAAAUUUUUAAAAUUUGAUUGUUGGAAUUAUUUUUAUUUUAACUGUAUUAUAUUAUAAAUAAAUCAAUCUGAUAUAAUUCAUAUAUUCAGAGAUCUGUAAAUAGAAUUUAGAAAAAUGUAAAUUUAGAAAUAAGACUGUUAAAAAAAAAUAAUUUCUUACUUAUAAUUUAAAUAUAAUGUGACUCAUAGCAAUAGAAUGUUCCUAUGCACAUUGGAUGUAACUGUUUUCAAAAUCAUAUUAUAUAGUAACAAAUUUUUGUAUCGUUGGCUUGACAAUUUUUAUACCAUAAGAAUAUACGAAAAUGUUGCGUUAAUGAAAUAACAAAUGAAAUGUAUCAAUUCUAAUAGAAAUCAUCAUUUUCAUAAAAUUGUAUAUAAGGAGUGUUAGUUGCAGAAAAAGUUCCUCCAAUAUGAAACGAUCAUGGUAUCGAUCGUAAACAUUAUUAAAGAGGGAAUAAAAAAGCGGUGCUUGAAAAAAUAAUAUAAUGUAACAUUUUUAGCAUCUAAUUAUGUAGAUAAUUUUGCCUUUGUUUUGUAAUAAAAUAUCAUUAUUUAUAUAUUAGGAAUAAAAUGGAUUACCAUUUGUCAUACCAUUAUAAUUGUUUUAUAAUAACAGUUUAUUUUGUUAAUAAUAUAUAAUAUAUAACAUAAUUGCACUGCAUAUAAAGAAAGCAUACAAAAUAAUAAACAUUUUAAUAAGCAAAAUAAUUAAGAUUGGAUCAUCAAAGUUUGCAGAAAACAGGAACAAAUUUAAAAAACAUAUUUAAUAAAUAUGAAAAUUUUAUUUUUAUAAAACAUAUCUAAUAACACCUUUUUUUAUUUGCCGCUUAUUAAAUUAUAGGUUUUUUUUUUACAUAUAUCUAAUUUUAUAAAAAUUGUUUAAUUUGCAUAAUAUAAUUUAAAAUUAUUUAAAAAAUAUUUCAGAUUUUAAAAGAUUAAUAUUUUUUCAAAUUAAAAUUAUUUUCUUCUAAUUUAUACACUUUAUGUUUAUUAUUUAUAUUCGUUUAUUUACACUGCAUUCAUAUUCUAAAUAAAUAAGAUGCCUUAAGGAAUAUACUGUUGUACGGAAGAAAUAUACAGGAAUACAAUUACGAUCUUAGAUUUUAUUUGAUUAUAUUGUAUGCUUCAGCAUACUAAAGAAUACAUGAAGCAAGUAAAAAAAUGUGAUUGUUGCGAAUCACAAGCACACGAUGUAAUGAUUUAUACAUCAGAUAAAACUAAAUGAGAUAUUUAUUAAUCGUGCGAUGUACGGAAUAGAUAAUAAUAAAAUAUAAGUUAGAGGGUUAAAAAUGAAAUUCAAUGUUAUCGUACAAUCGCAUUAAUAAACUUACCUAUACUAUGAUCACAGUUACAUUCAUAAUUAUUGUAAGUUAUUAUACGUCAUUAUCGUCUUUAUCAUCAUUAUUAUCAUAUUUUACUGUAUAUAUGUACAUUCUGGUUAUAAAUAGAUGUAUGUUCAAUUAAUUAAAUAUAAUCUGGUUUGAAAGCCUA